CUUAAAUGGAGCGAUAUUUCUUUGACCGCUUGAAAGUGGUGAUCGUGAUGCAUGGAUUUCGCGAGAAAAGAAGUAGAAGUUCUUUUGUAUCUUUCCAGCAAGAAGAAGUAGGAGUAACUGCGCGAUCAGCCAAAAAUCAUGAAGCGCUCCUCCACCAGUUCCAACCACUCGCGGGGGUCCUCUCCCGGGGGGCCGCGCAGAAACAAUCUGCUAGCCGCUGCGGUCGGAGCAGGAAGAUCUUCGGGCGAUGGUGCCGAUGAGAAUGCCGAUAUAGACGGCGCACCAGGCGGAGCUGCAGCCUCUUCCUCCAGCUCUAGUCGCCGGUUGUUCCCCCGACCGAGGAUUUCCGUACCUGAGAAUGAUGGGGAAAAUCACGAGUAUUUACCACCAGUGGCCGACGACGACGAUCAACAAGCAGACGAUAUUAACGACGGUGGCCUCCUUCUCUGUCUCACCGCCGGGUCUUCUGGAACCUCCUCCGCUAGUUCCUUUACCUAUUCCGGCACUUCUACCGACGAGGAAAGAGUCUCUGCCGCUCCCCCUCCCACCCCAAAAAAGCCGCAAGAGCAGAAGUACACCGAAGCGGUGUUGAGCUGGAUAUCGUUGUUAUUCCUGAUCGCGAUCAACUACGAGACGCUGCGGAUUAUGAAAUGCAAAAGCAUCGUACUCGUAGUAUUGCAAUACAAAUUAGCUCAGCAUGACAAAUGGAAUUUGUCAUGCUGAUUUAGCUUGAAAAAGAAAUUUGUAAUGCAUAAAUGCAACUCAUAGAUACGAGUACGAUACUUUUGCAGUUCAUACGGAUCAACGAGAAGCAAAUGUACGCGCCGUUGAUUAACGACAUGGUGACGGAUAUGGAAGCGUCAGGAUUGAAAUCGUCAAAGUUGAAAUAAUUUCUCAUGCAAAAAUUGCAAGGCAUGAAGUGCCUCUCUUGCAGGGACGGCAAGUGAGGCCGAUUGUCAGCCUGUUUGGGGUCUGCGGUAGAGCUGCUGAAGUAGCAUGACAAAAGAUGCCUUCUGUCCCAAAACAGCAUGACAAAGUGGAUUUAGACGUGGCCGAAAUUUGUCAUGCACCGCUCGAAAAUUGGGCUUCCAACUGGUAUCGAUUUUAUGCAUUACAAGUAUUUCAACUUUGUCGAUUUCAAACCUGACACUCCCAUAACGGAGCUGUACAACCUGGAAUCCAGUUCCUUAGAUCUGCUUCGGUAUCCUGUGCAAAAGUAUCGUACUCGUAGUAAUCGCAGUCAUGCAUUACAAAUCUCCCUCUUAACCUAAAUCCGCAUUACAAAAUCCAUUUUUCAUGCUGAGGGAAUUUGUCAUGCGAUUUAUACUAGUACGAUGCUAAUGCUUUUGCAUUGCAUAUUCGGGACUUUCGCUCGAAAAACCUACAGGAGGACCUGCGACUGCUAAAACACAACCAAAUUAUGCUGCGGACCGCCGCCAGCUUCAGUACGAGUGCAGCAGAAGAUAAUCUUUAUGCCGAUAGUGGUUCUGCUGUUGGUGGUGGUGCUGCUGACCACGGAGGUACUACAAAUACCAAACUACAGAAUGACCGAGACAGAGAAAAGGAAAAGAAAGAACAUCUCCUAAUCUCCUCCCCGGCGGUGUAUUACGGUUUGCGCUACGUGGAGUUGAGAAUCCUGCCGAACAGCCUAAUCAGCUCCUCCACGCAUAAUUGGAUAACUACCGCGUCGUACGCGAACCCAGCUUAUAAUACGCAAAGUUCAUCCUACUCGUCUGCUUCACAGCUGCAACCGGUGCUAUCGCCCCAACCCCCGCAAUUGGAUCAAGGUGUGCUCCUCCACCACGCGCGAAGAUCCUUGUCGCAGUUCAUGCUGCAGAUGGAGCUGUAUUUCCGGUUUUCUCUUUUACCCGAGCAAUUUUUCACGGUUUUGUUCGAGAAAGUGCACCCGGAGUUUUUACCCGAAUUCGUGGAAUUGCUGGAGCCACUGGAAUAUCCUGUGCAAAAGUAUCGCAGUCGUAGUGCAAUCAUGCAUUACAAAUCUUUUUCUUACGGUAAAUCCGCAUUACAGAUUUUAUCUCUCAUGCUGAGGAAAUUUAUAAUGCAUUUACUAUACGAGUGCGGUACUUUUGCUUUUGCAGUUCAUAUGGAAACUUACCAUCGAUUGUUGGAUAAGAGAGAUUUGAACACGGUCUUCGCUUGGAUUAGGAGGAAAGUGGAAUUGGGGGAGGUGGAGGAGAAAAGUGCUUUGCCAAAAACGUAUAGCGAAGCCGCGUUCACGAUUGAGAAAAUCAAACCGCAUCUGAUGCUGCAUUUGUUGAAGUGAUAGGUCGUCUCGCGGGAUCGAAAUAUCUAUGCCUACUAGAAGGAACUGGAGGUGGCUGUAAGUAGGGACGAAU